CGUCAUGUUGCCGGAAGAGACUACUCACAGGGCGGCUGUUAAACUCUCAAUAAAAUGAUUAUGUCGGAAAUCUCUGUUCAUUACUAUUCCACAAGCCAGGAUUACAUGUCUAGGAUAUAACUGCGCACUUCCCUGUAAGAAAGCAAAACAAAAACACACAUUACGUAGGACCAUUAAUUAGAUAAAUUUUUCAUGUGCUCAAAUGCUAUAUAAGCGGGGGCAGACUGUUCCUUCGUGGCAAAACUAACGGAAAGCAGAACUAGAUAAAGAAGAAGAUAGAGAAGCUUGAACAAGCACUGACUUAUCCAAAAUGCAAGCUGGACUCAGCUUUUUCGACAAAAAAGCCCCAGAUGUUGUUGUUCGCAGCCUCUUCGAAAAAUACGAUACGAAUGGAAAUGGUAAACUGGACGAAAAAGAAAUGCAAACCCUAUUAGAAGGAGAUUUAGGCCUGGAUCGAGAACAAACUGGAGUGUACAUUCCCCUUGUGGACAAGAACGGUGACCAUGAUGUCUCCUUUGAAGAAUUCAGCGACUGGCUUCGCAGCGAAGAACACUUUCAAAUUUUACAUGACAAACAAAUGUUUGAAAAACUUUCCAAAGCGUUCAGAUAUUUCAAGAGUUUUACCACAGAUGACGGUGACACUCUUGAUCGCGUUCAGUUCGAGGAACUGAUGAAGUUCUUUGGGUAUGAAACCAUCGACAUGGAGAAAGCUUUCGCGAAAAUCGACAAGGACAAAAAUGGGGUAGUGUCUUUUUGGGAGUUCAUGGUAUGGUUGAAAUGGGUGCCAGUUUUGAACUGAUUAACACUUUUACGAACUACUCAAUUAAGUGUUUGUUUUAAUAUAUCUGAGGUGUGAAAUUACCGAAGAGAACUGAAAUCGUUAUCUUUGAACGUAAACUCGAGAACAAAAUUAUCUGAGUUUAGUAGCCCACUGACAAUUUUGCAAGAGGCCAUAUAUUUCAUUCGAUUCCGUGCUUUAUCUCCAGGUCGUGCGAACCAUGCAUCAAAUUUCCAAACCUAAAAAAAAUUCUUGCAUAAUCUGGUUUUAUCAAAUGAGUUGAUAAUGUAAAAGAGACCUGUUACGUAAGAGUUCUCACUCAUCACAAUUGUAUUUAUUUAUUUUGUAUUUAUUCAACUUAGAUGUACAUAUUUCGUUUUCAUGAAUCAUCCUAUUUAAGUUGUAUACACUGAUUCGCUAAUUUAUUCAAAAUGGACAUAGUUCAAUUUUAUUCACAAAACACUUUUCUUGCCAACUUUAUGUUGGUGAAUGUAUUAAAGAAGCGUAAUUGCUUGAUGCUGUAAAAUGUUAUGAUACACAUUGUUAACUUAUGCGAAAUUAAAGGUAAUGACGAUGGAAAAACAGAGCCUCGGUCUUCUUAAUUUUUU